AUGAUGGAACAGUCAACUAGAGCAAAUGAGGAAUACAUUGGAAGAGGCGAUUGUGGAAACGCGCAGUACGCCUCUCGAAAAUCGACCGCGACUUCUCCGCUUAGCCCUAAGCAAGCGGAAUCGGACUGUCGUGAGGGCUCUGAACCCAAUGCUGGUUACCUAUUUGGAAGCCAGCCGGGACCUUUGCGAGACGGACUCAAUUUGCUUACAAUUACAAUUUACUUAUCGCAAAGGCUAGGGCCCUCAUCGGCAGACUGGUAUGCUUUAGGUCAGGCAAUACCAGGCCAAGGAUUGUGCGCACCGUCAGGAUGGCGUUUGCUGGGACAAAUGUUAGUUUGUCCCAGCCGGAUAUAA